AUGUUUGAAUAUUGUCAUUGUUACGAAAGUGGUGGAGCCUCAACUUAUAAGCCUAAGCCUAAAAGAGUGGUGGAGCCCAAACCUACUCUGGAGCCAAAGCCUAAGCUGAUAGGAGUGGUGGAGCCUAAUCCUAAGCCUACUUAUGAGCCGAAGCCUAACCCUAAACCUACAGGAGUGGUGGAGCCUAAGCCUAGGCCUACACGAGUGGUGGAUCCUAGGAUGACACGGCCCAUGUCAACAUCGUCAAGUGAUGGUGGUGGAACCCUUGGAAGGACUAUCUACCUCUGGAGUUGCAAUUAA